AUGGCGUCUAGCAGAAAGCUUCGGCUACACAGAGCAGAUGUGCAGCAGCUGUCGGUUGUUAAAGAAGGGGUUCCCCCUGAGCAGCAGGAGUGUAGCUCCAGUGUGGACCAGCAGGAGCCAGAGUCCCCCCCACAUAUUGAAGAGGAACUGUGGAGCAGUCAGGAGGGAGAGCAGCUUCAAGGUCUAGUGGAGGCUGAUAUCACCAAGUUCUCAUUCACCCCUGUCCCUGUGAAGAGUGAAGAUGAUGAAGAGAAAGCUCCGUCCUCACAGCUUCAUCAAAGACAAACUCAACACAUGGGAACAGAAGCUGAUGGAGAGGACUGUGGAGGACCAGAACCAGCCAGGAACUCACAUCCACAUCCACUUUUACAACCAGAGACUGAAGAACAGACUGGAGACUCUUCUGAACCUGAGACUGAUGGCAGUGCUGAUUGGAAGGAGACCAGAGAACCUCAGUCAGCUUUAAACUCUCUGAAACAUGAUUCAGGACUUAAGAAAACAUUCAGCUGCUCUCAAUGUGGGACAAGAUUUGGCCUCAAGUCAAAUCUGAAGCAACACAUGAGAACUCACACAGGAGAAAAACCUUUCAGAUGCUCAGUCUGUAAGAAAGCUUUUACACACAGUGGAACUUUACGGUCACACAUGAGAACUCACACAGGAGAAAAACCUUUUAGCUGCUCAGUUUGUAAAAAAUCUUUUACACAGAGAGGGAAUUUACAGUCACACAUGGUAGUCCACACAGGAGAAAAACCAUUUAGCUGCUCUGAGUGUGGUAAAACCUUUACCGAAAGGGGACACCUGAAAAAACACGUAAGAAUCCACACAGGAGAAAAACCUUUUAACUGCUCAGUCUGUAAAAAAUCUUUUACACAGAGGGAUAAUUUACAGAAACACAUGAGAACUCACACAGGAGAGAAACCUUUUAGCUGUUCAGUCUGUAAAAAAUCUUUUACACAGAGAGGAGAUUUACAGAAACACAUAAGAGUCCACACAAGAGAGAAACCAUUCAGCUGCUCACUUUGUAAAAAAUCUUAUACACAGAGUUGGAGUUUACGGUCACACAUGACAGUCCACACAGGAGAAAAGCCUUUCAGCUGCAGUGUUUGUAAUAAAUAUUUUACACAUAGUGGAAAUUUACAGAAACACAUUAGAACUCACACAGGAGAAAAACCUUUCAGCUGCUCAGUCUGUAAGAAAUCUUUUACACGGAGUGGAAAUUUACGGUCACACUUGGCAGUCCACACAGGAGAGAAAAGAUUCAGCUGCAGUGUUUGUAACAAAAGAUUUUCCCGGCAUUCUCAUGUCAAAACACAUAAAUGUGUUGGUCCGAUGGAAACGGGAGCUGAUGGAGAGGAUUAUGUUCAGAAGCUGUUGGUGGUAAUAGAAGAGGUUCCCCCUGAGCAGCAGGAGUGUAGCUCCAGCGUGGACCAUCAGGAGCCAGAAGAGGAGAUUUACAGAAACACAUAA